AUGGACGACGCCCAGGAGAGACCAGCCAAACGCCCGCGUCUCUCCUUCACUCCCGGCUCUCCCUCCCCAAACGAAGUCGACGAAGACUUCGACCUGCCCACCGCACGCGCGCGUAAUGACCAGAGGCUCAAGUCGAUCUUCGAGAGAAUUUUUGACAAAUACGGCAAAGACUUCACCGAAGUCGGCGAUGAGAUUGACUUGGAAACGGGCAAGAUUGUGAUCGACAAUGGCCACUUAGUUGGGAUGCGCGCUGAGGACGACACGGGUGACCAGGCGCAGAAGUGGCUCUUCCAUGAUGCUGUUUCGGGUUUCAAAUAUACGGGUGACCACGACCCAGAGGCUCGAAGCGUGGAAGAAGGCGAGAAUGAACGGGACGUGGUGACGGAGACUGGCGACGUGCCAUCCCGCCUUGCGCAAGAAGCUGCCGACUCUGAUGACGACAGGGAUAGUGUCGACUCGUUGUGGGACUCUGCGCUGGCUUGCAAAGACUCAAAUGCCCCAGACAACCCUGUCAUCCCGCAAGACUUGGAGCCCAAAGACCCCCUCUGGCAAGUCCCGGACAUCGAAGCCAAAUUCUCAACCCCCACCACGACCAGACGAGUUCAUUUUGCUCCUGUUCUAAACACUCCUCGCUCUGCGUCUCCACCUGGCGCAGGCUCCUUGUGGAGUCUUCCUAAACGAGGUAGACCGCGAACCGAGGGGAAACUCAGGACGACUCCGAGCAAGCGCAAGCCACGAACAAGGCACAAGCGUGACUGGUCCUUUGCACAGACACCAGAUCCUGACAGCAGCGAAUCCGACGAUCCAUUGCAGGAGGACCAGGCAUCGCCGACGCCUUCAAAAUUGAUCAAUAUCAGAAGGAGGGAGAUGGUGAAAGCCGAUCGUGCGCACAUCAGCGGCAAGACAGUCGGUCUCGACAAACCAACCGCUGCGUCCGAAGAUAAAAAACCAGAUACACAGAGCAAUGUGACAUUGAAAGCGCCUACUGUACAUGGCAAUACUCCUAUCUGUCAACAAAUCGAGACCGUCCACGCUCAAUCUCCAGCAAAAUCCCCAAGCACACCUAAGCGUGGCGUGACGCCCGACGCAGCAAGGCAGACCGCGCGCAUGCGACACAUUCAUGGCCGAAAAUGGAAACAGAUUAGUGAUUCGCUGCCGGGGUUUACUUGGACGCAGCUCUACCUUUGGAACCAACGUCACUGGACCGAACGCCGGGCGAACCCGCCUCUUCUUUCUGCGCCGUGGUCACAGACAGAGCAAGAGACACUGGCUCGGUUGAAGGACCAGCGCGGUCUCUCUUGGGUGCAAAUCCAUGCUGAGUUCCCAGAGCGGUCGUUACCCGAGAUCGAAUUCGAAUUGCUGCGUCUCUGGGUCGGGGAUGCUGUUUGGAAUGACGAGGGCAUGGAGAAUUCUGCGGUGGAUGAGCAGGGGCAGGACCAGCCCAACCCUAGGAAGCCUGCGAGCGAGACGCUCAAGCCUUUUACCGAUCAGGUUCCGACGUUUUCUCAACGCCUUCGGAACUUUCCAGUUCGAGAUGCGCCGACGCCAGAUGCUCCAAUGCGGGAACCAUUGAAAUCAGUCGGCGCUCGAGCCAUUGGACCAAUCGAGCGUCCUCCAAAUCAAGACCGAAAAAUGCAGGACGAUUUCGAGAAGCUCAUCGAGGAUGAUGAAGAUGACAUCGUGGUCAUUUCCAGCCAAGCAUCCUCACCUUCCAAGCUGUCGGCAAUCCACCUCGACAGUCCUGCUCGCAGCCGCAUCGGCUCCAAAUCCCCCGGGCGCCCAUCGCCCGCGAAGCGUUUGAAGAUGACAUUCUAG